AUGGCAUUCCAGAACCCGAAGCAUUCUCAUAAUUUUACCCAAUUCGACCUGUUCAUCUUGAACGAGGAUGAGAAAAAGAUUACCGAGAAGCCCUUUGCUGGCAUGUCCAACGCGUCCGACUUUAUCAUCUUGAAGGAGGACCACACCAUCGGCAAUCUUGUGAGCGAGCAUCUGAAGCAACACCCGCACGUGAUGAUGGCUGGCUACAAGGUUGCCCAUCCGAAUGUCCCCGAGGUCAUGAUCCGUUUGCAGACCGACGGCACCAUGACCCCCCGAGAGGUCUUCAUCGAGGUGUGCAAGCAGCUGGUCGCCACGCUUGCCCAGUUCGGCCGUGACUUCACGCGGGAGUACGAACUUCGUCGCAUGGUUCGCGCCGGCGACCAGGAUAAUGGCGUUUCUGGUGGCCGGCCUUAG